AUGGUGAAAUGCAAGUGUGGAGCUGUAGGGAUCAUACGAACUUCAGGAACAAAGAGAAACCCUGGUAGGCCUUUUUAUGCAUGCCCUUUACAGGGACCAAGAAGUGGAUUUAUUUCGUGGGUAGAUGAAGAAAAUCAUACGUAUGAGGCUGAAAGCCAAAAUCUUGAGCUUGAAAUCCAUAAUGAAGAACUUCAAAUCCAAAAUCGUGACCUUGAAAUCCAGAAUGAAGAACUUGAAAUCCAAAAUCGGAACCUGAAAAUGUUGUUAAUUGUAACAGUUUUUUGUGCUCUAGAAACUGUAUUCCCUUUGAUCAUAUCCUCUUUUUCUGUAGCUGACUUCCUUCUUUUCUUUUUUGGUCUUCCUAUUGGGACACGGUGUUUUGGAGGCAACAAAGUAGUUGGACAAGGUGACUUAAAUCACAUUCUUCUACCAUUUAUCGGAUCCAAUUUGAAAGAGUACAUGUUCCUCCAGGUUGAUAGCCAAUAA